GAUCUUCUGCUUUCCAGUACUAUUUGUGUAGAGAUCUUCCAGCGUUUUGAUCGACAGAGCUCCAAAAGUUUCGGCGAGAUCGAUGGCAACCGUGCCAGCCCCUGCAGCAGCAUGCUUCGCCCCUGCCGCGUCGGGCAUCAGGUGCAGGGCACUCGCGCCGGUGACCAAGAACGCCGCCCCGCGCCUGGCUGAUCCACCGAAGCUGCUGCGGCGUCGUCCGGGGGGCCUGCUAACGUCGGGCGGCGCGCGGAUCUCCAGCAGGAUCAGGGCUGCGGCCGUGCACAAGGUGAAGCUCGUCGGCCCCGACGGCGCUGAGAGCGAGCUCGAGGUGCCCGAUGACACCUACGUCCUCGACGCUGCCGAGGAGGCCGGCCUGGAGCUGCCUUACUCGUGCCGGGCCGGGUCGUGCUCCACGUGCGCCGGCAAGCUGGCCUCCGGCGAGGUCGACCAGUCGGACGGGUCGUUCCUGUCCGACGAGCAGAUUGAGCAGGGUUACGUGCUCACGUGCAUCGCGUAUCCCAAAUCGGACUGCGUCAUCUACACGCACAAGGAGGAGGAGGUGCAGUAGAGGCUAGAGCGUUGAUGUAAAUCGACAUGUUUUUGUUCCAGUAUGACGUGAUAUGGAAGCCUAUGAACUAUAGUAAGUUGUGUUAUGAUAUGGAAUGGUUCUACACCGAAUUUUGGCUUGAUCAGUGUUUGGUGCAUUGCACAGAGCAAAGUUGAGAAAUGUUUGUGCAUGAUUUUUGUGUUCUUAAU